AAUUCCAUUAGGCACAACCUGUCCUUGAAUAAGUGCUUCAUCAAGGUACCACGAGAGAAAGAUGAACCGGGAAAAGGAGGUUUCUGGAAGAUUGAUCCUCAGUAUGCAGACAGACUGAUGAACGGAGCUUUCAAAAAACGCAGGAUGCCCCCUGUGCAGAUACAUCCAGCCUUCACUGGAAGAAUCCAACAGGAGGCAAGUUCCAGUUCUUCAGCUCACCAAUCAGCAACUUCUUGGAAAAACAGCAGCAUUCUGAAGAUCAAUGUAGAAUCCCAGCAGCUGCUCAAAGAAUUUGAAGAAGUGACCAGCGACCAGAACUGGAACCCAGCCGAUGGAAAAAUGAGCCAUAAACGCAAGCAACCGCUGCCAAAACGAAUGUAUAAGGCAGCCCGCUUCUCCAGCUCCCCUAUGCUUACUCAGGAAGAACAGACAGAGCUUGGCUCUCUCAAAGGUGAUUUUGACUGGGAGGCUAUCUUUGAUACCACCUUAAAUGGUGAUUUCUCUACCUUUGAGGAUCUGGAAAUUACUCCUCCAAUCAGCCCAAUAACCAGGGAUGUAGAUUUGACAGUGCAUGGAAGACAUAUUGAUUGCCCACAGGAGUGGUGCCCAGCUGGGCAAGAUUAUGUGCUCACAGAAUCUAACCAGAGUAGCUUGGACUUUGAUGAAACAUUUAUUGCCACUUCUUUUCUUCAGCAUCCCUGGGAUGAAGGGAGAAAUGAUUACCUCUCAAAUUCUGUCAACAUGGAUCCACUGUUUGAACUCAACGAUCCUUCUUUGCAAACAGAAAUGAAUGACUGGAGCAAUGCUGGCUGUCUUUAAUGAAAGACAGUUCCCUGAUUGGAAGGUUCAAGAUUAACCAACUCUAAGAACAAGAUGGUCCCAGAGCUGCAGGACUUGACAAAAGGAAGAAUCCAUGAACACAUGAGACAGCUUUAGUAUUGGGACCCACUGUCUCACUGAAAAGUUAGGAUGGGGGAAAAAGAAGAUCUGGAUAAUUGGGCUGGAUGUAUCUAAAAGUAACUCAUUUGAUAUGGGGAACUCUAUACCCCAACAGAUAACAAAUAAUAAUAAUACAGUGUCUAUUUGUGUUCUUUUAAAGAAAUAGAGGUUUUUUCUAUUUGGGGCUAGAGGGAAAUGAAAAGGGGAUAAUUUCUUUGGGGGAGAAGGGAGGAUAUUUGAAGAGGUUGGAAGAGCAGGCCUUUUCUGGUGAUUAGGGUAUAUUAGAUCAUCUACCGUUUCCUCUUCCUUCUUUCUUUCGUUUCUUGGGUAAGUGGUUUUCCCAGGGAAGAUUUCUAGUUAAAACAUGGGACAAUCUAACAGGAAAGUACAAUUUCCAUCUCUGUUCAAGGAGUUGCAAUCACCUGUCUACCACACUAGGUCAAUUUAGAUUUUAAAACUUAUAUGCUCUAAAAUAAAUCAGUAAGUCAAAUUGUUUCAAGCUUUUAAAACAGAAGCUAUUAUCUAUCUAUAGACCUGUAAUGGAAGUUAUAUUUUUAGCUACAGAAGGCACAAUCAGUAGAGUAUUGGGUUGGGGAGGGAGGGAGGAGUAUUUGUAAUAAUGGAAAUUCAGAUUGAAGUGUAUCAAAUGCUUGUUAUUCAGAAAGAAAUAUAAUACGUAAGUGGGAACAUCUGCCACUAGAUUUUUUUAAAAAAAUCUAUACACAGGACUUGAUUUAUUCUAGAUGUUCCUUUUUACUUAUUUUUGUAUCUAAAAUACUUCUUGACUGACUCUGUACGCUGUAAUACCUAGACAUAAAAGUCAAAGUAGGUAAACCCUCGGAUGUUAACGUUUAUUUUAAAAACAUUAUACCCUUUUAUAAGUAGAAGCUUAUGAAAGGAUUUGUGGCAUGCUUCAACAGCUCAAUCGUCAGCUCAAUUGACUGAUUAUGUAGGGCUCUAUUUUCUUGUCUUUUGGUCCACCCUCAGAAUUGCUAAAACAUUUCUCUGCCUUACGUUAUGCCUUGUCUUAUGUGACUCACCAACCAGUGGCAAUGUAGAACUGAUUAAGCAAACCAAAACAACUCAUAAUUGUCAUGUUCUUUUGGGUUUCUAGACUAAAGCGGAACAUUAUAGACCACUAUAUGUAUAGCAGAAAAUACAAAAGAAAGAACAACUUAAAACUUCACUCUGAUGAAGUUACUUUUGCUUUUGAUCUAGAACUGAACUUUCUUGUCAUCCAACUAGGCACUUUGCGCCUAAAAUCAGCUGUCAUAAUAGCCUUUGAAUGUAUUCAAAUAAAGUAAAAUGAGAUAUUUAGGGUAGUUUUGGAAAAUAUGUCUUGAAAAGUAAUAGCCUUAUUAGAGACACCACAAUGGUAUUUCAUAGAUGUUAAUUUUUUAAAGGAGCUGUUCAAUGGGUCCAUUCAGGUUAAGGCUCAGUGUCCAAAUAGAAUUUACAGCACUGAAAAAUUCUGCACCAUUUUUUUCUUGCUUACAUUUCUUUAAAGCUGUUAGCCUAAGUGCUACAAAAUGCAUUUUGAAAUAUUUAUAUUUUCAUACAUUUAGUCUGUCCUAACAAACCUCUGGUGUAGAAAGUGUCACAUCCUCAGGGCAAAGGUUAUGGUGCUACAUUAUAGCAAAUACAAUGAUUUAUGUGUGAUAAAAACACUCUUCUGACCAAAUCUGUACAGAGAAAACAAGAACACGAGCCCGUUAGAUUAUGUGAAUGAAAGAGCUAGAUUUGAAUAUUUUGCAUGCUCUUAAUUUUAGAAAUUGCCCACAUCAUGGAUACACGUAUUAUCUUCUGCAGAAACAGAGAAUCUACAUUUAGAGCUUUGUGUUGUGCCACAACUCACAUUUAAUCUGCACAGGAAAAUGUAUUAUUAUUUUGUAAUACCUUCAGCACUACAACAGUUAUUUUCACAGUGAUCCCACUCUCAAUGUCUCUCUCUCUCUCUAGAGAUUUCAAGGCCUUUCCAAGUCAGCUGGAGAGUAAGUGUGAGUGAGGCAUACACAAUAAAUGUGCAUGUGAUUCUAGUUUGUUUUACACAAUUUCUCCUGAGGUUUCUGAUCAUGCAACAAGAAAGUCAAUAGAUUGUAUUUGGAGAAAAUGCAGUAUUUUCCUCAAUGUGUACUGAGCAGUCUAGAAGAAAAUGGAUGACCAACUGGUAACUUCUAGACUGCAUCCAUCCUCAGAGAUUAUUUGAUGUAGCCUCCAAGAGUCUGCAGGUUUUUGUGGCCUGCGCUUCUGGGCAAGACCAAAUUAGGUCUCCGUUUAAAGGAAAUAAAGUACAUGCUCAUGAUUCUUCUGGAACAACUUUGAGGCAUAUGGAAAAGGCUUGGAAAUAUUCCCUGAAAUAAACUUUCCCUGGUUUGUAUAUGGAAUCGGUAGUGCAAAAAAAAUAAAAUUAUAGUACUAUUUCCCUUCGCCCUAUUCAGCAUUACAUUUAUUCUUUGCAGCUUCCAGUAGCUGACUUUUCAAGAUCAUUUGGUCAUUAAGGAUUAUGGCAAUUUUAAGAAACUGGCUGUGCCAAUUCUAAAAUAUAUUGCUUCCACAGGUCUAAGAAACUGAAAAAGUAUAGUCACUGUAGAAUGAAGUACAUUCCUAUUAUUUCAUAACAGAUGUGGGAUCGCUGAUAAUAAUAGUGUUGGUAAAAACAAUUAUGCUUCCUGGCAUUGAAUAAGAUUCAGCCCACAAUUUUAUUUGUUGUGGAAAAAUUGGAGGAUAUUUUAGCAUCAGAGGUAUCCCCCUUAUUGGAGCAGGGAGGGAACUGAUCUGGAAUUCAAGCUAUUAUUUUCAGAUUCUAACCCCCAUCCUUAAUCAAAAUUUAGUCAACUUACUGGGAAUUAAAAUAUUGGAAUUUUAAAAAAAUUUAGGGAAGGGGGAAUAUGUGAGUGAGAAAGAAGCUUUGCUGUUGUAAACAAUAUGAGCAGUCUUAACCAUAUCAGAAGAUACAUGUACAUGAUUUUUUUUUAAAUUAAAAAAUGGAAUAACUGCUGGAAAACCUCUAUUUUUAGUAAGUGAUGGAAUAACAGAAUUUAAAACUAAUGUGAAAAUGGAAUUUACGUGCAAAAUGGACCAUCUGAACAGCAUCAGUUUUGAAACAAUUGAGGAAUAGUAUGUCACAUUUAAAAUUAGGAAUAUUGUAAUUCCAUGAAUUCAGAUUUGAAAUUGGUUCAGUAAUAAUUGUGAUCUAUACAGAUUUUAGUCUUUUAAAAUCCUGUUGGUUUAACUAACUUUUCUACUGAGGUCGGUUAAUACACAUUGGAUCUGGCUUAGUCCAGUCCACUGCUUUUUACCAUAGGAUAUGGCACUUCAAAAUGCAGGCCCACACAUGACCACAUAAAGCAAAUAAUUUAAUGCAUCUGAAUAAUAGCUUACCUUUCCCUUACCAAUAAUUGCAUAGCAAUGUAGUUUAGCAGGAUGUUUAAAGCUGCAACUUUAUGUACAUUUGCUGUCUUUAUAUUCAAAUUAAUUGGAGCUUUGCUAUUGAUUUCUGUAGGUUAUAUACAAUGACUCCAACCUAAUUUAGAAGCCUGUGACGGUUGUAUAUUCUAAUUUAAAUGUUCUAAUUAGGUAAUCGAACUAGUGUUUAUUUUGUAAAUUUAGAAUCCUGAAUUUGUUUCAGCUCUUUUCAGCAAAAGCAGAUGCCAGUGAAAUUGGUCUGUGUUUCUGGACUGACUGUUGCUGAAAACUCUGCUUCCAUUCUUCUUUUUGGAAAGUAAUAGUAAUAAUAAACAUAAUGUCAGCAUUUUGGACCACCGGCUGCUGUCAAGAUUGAAUGAAGUACUAUGGAGCAAAGCCAGUUUGCUAUUGGAACAAGUCGAGAGCUCUCUCUGAAUGGCUAUAGUACAAAUGUAAAGCCUCUGUAAUGAUUCAGCCUCUUUAAUUCCCAACCAAGGAACUCUAAAAGUUAUAACUCUGUGAAUGGCAGUGAAUCUGUCAAUUACAUCUCUGCACCUGACAGAACUACAGUUCCAUGAGAAUUCUAACAAGAUACCGAAGAGUGAAAAUGAAUAAUUUCUACGCAGGGGGGCUUUUAUGCUGUAAACAUACUGUUUUCUAUAGCAGGUUACACAUUGUAUUGCAUCCAGGAUUUCACACUGCAAUGAGUAGCAUGCUUUCGUUUUAGGCUUUGGGUUCAUAAAUUUACUAUAGCGCUGACAGAACAUGAGUCUGGUUUCAAAUCUGUCCCACUUUGUAGUUAUUUCUUCAGUCAUCGUUCACUUGCGAAAUUGCUCCAGGAGUGGGUUGAACUAUCAAAUCUGGAAAAGUGCACUGCACAUCUUUCAAGAACUUGGAAACUUACUGGCAAUUAAAUCUUACCAUUACUGGAUAUCAAACCAGACAUGGGGAAGGGGGAGCGUUGGUUGGUUUUGCUUUUUCUUAACAUAAUUAUUUCCUUUCUGUUCCAUUUUAAUGGCUUGGAUUGGGGUUUGUUCCUACUCAUGGUUGAAAAAUGGCAACAAUACGUGUGCAAUUUAACUAUGGAAAGCUGUUUGCUAUUAAAAAAAAAUAAAAAAAACAUUGGUACA